AUGAGUACACGUGCAAAGACAAAGUCAGAUUCGUUGAAAAACUUCAGCUGUUUUCGUUGCGGUUGUGUUUCAAAUCUUACGUUAAUACCAGAUGAUGUGUACUGUUUUAUUCAGAAGUAUAAUAAUUUGAAGUGGUUUUGUGAUACAUGUAACAAUGUUUCUCCAGACACCAAAUCAUCAGCGGAAAUAGACACGGAUCUGCUUGCGAGGGCAGUUGACAGAAGUAAACAGGAAUUGAUGAUUAAAAUUGAUGGAUUGACAGAUGCCAGUAAAAUCAUAGAAUCGGAGCUCCGGAAUAUCAGAUGUGCAGUAAAAUUGAAUGAUGAAAAAUUAAGCAACAUUAAUCAUGCUGUUGAUGAGAUGCGUACGGGCAGUGGUGGAGUCAUCAAGAAUGUGCAAAAAAAGUUGAAUGAUGCGACAGACAUCAAGGAGAGAGAAAAAAAUUUGGUGCUUUUUAGACGUGCUGAAGGAGACGACGACAAAGAACGUGUUAUGAAGAUUUUUAAUCAGUCGACCCGAAACGAAGUUGCCGAGAAAGCAGUUGUUAAAGUAACGAGACUGGGGAAAAAACAAGAAAAAAUAAACAGACCGUUAUUGUUAAGUCUUGAUAGUGUUGAGUCGAAAAACUUAAUAAUGGAUAAUGUAUCACGAAUGAAAUCGUUGGAUGAUGUCCUAAAAGGUGUUUGGCUUAGUCACGACCUAUCAAAUGAUCAGAGAGAUGAGCUGAAAAAGUUGAUCAAUGAUGCAAAAAAGCAGGAAUCUGUAAGCGGUGAUUUUUUAUUCAGAGUGAGGGGACCUCCGGGAAGAUGGAAAAUAGUCAAGUUUCGGAGGGAUCAAAAACUGAAAGAAAAAGUUUGA